AUGCAUUAUACAUAUAGGAAUAUAAGUGUGAUAAAUAUAGCGGGAAAAAACUAUCUUCACAGCAUGUGAAUGUGUGUUUGUGUGAGUGUGAACUAGAGGAGGAGGGGGAGGCAGCAGCAGAGGAGAGAAAAGAAGACACCACCCAACUCUGUCGGGAAAGAGAGGCGGUGCGCGCUGAAGAGGAGGAGGAGGAGGAGGAGAGCAGCACCACGGACAGCUCUCCGGAAAGACAGCAGCGACGGCGAGGACUUUCUGCUCUGAAAGAAAAAAAAAAUCCCACAUGGAUUUUCACUAUAAUUUUAUUUAAGAAGAGCAAAAAAUAUAGAUAUUUUUUUAUGACUGUAAAGACAGAACACAGUCAGAAUCAGCUGCUAAGUUUCUCAUCACUCCAAGGCGUUUUCUUUCCUCCCCUCGUUGGACUAUAUCCUAAAUAUAAGUUGAUACUUUCUUCGUGUUUGUGUGUGAGAAUCUUUUUCCAUUGUUGGGAAGUACUACCAGGAACAAAAAAUAUACGCACCCAAGGCAAGUUUUUUUUUUAUUUUCCCCACUCAAUGCAUUAAGGCUUCUUUCAGCCUACAUAUAAUUGCUAUUUUCCCCAGAGGCGGUAAAGAGUCCUACAGCCACUAAUGUGAGCCUCUAAUUCAGUUCUCCACUCUCACGCAGCACUGAUUCUUUUCUUUUCUCCACCAAAGUCACCCACCGUGCGCGCUGUACGCUCGGCAGCGGAUGAAUAAACCCUACACUUGUGGGAAUUAAUGUCGAUGGAGGGAAAACGAAAAAGGAGAUUGUUGUGAGAUGAAGUUGGAGACUCUGUCACCAAAUAAAGGAGGACGUACCUUUUGACACCAUUUCUAUUUUUUUUUUUUUUUUUUCAUUCGUUCUUUUUGAGAACUCCUGCGGGGAGAAAACAGAAUGGCGCUGAGUGGAAACUGCAGGACUAAUCCCAAAGAUCUGCAAGCUUCAGUUCAGAACAGUUUCCCAGAUGUGGUUGAGUUGAACGUAGGGGGUCAGGUUUAUUACACCCGGCACUCAACUUUGGUGGGCACCCCGAAUUCGUUGCUCGGUAAGCUGUUCUCCUCCAAAAAGGAGGCUUCCAACGAUUUGGCGAGAGACCCUAAGGGUCGGUUCUUCAUCGACAGGGACGGGUUUUUGUUCCGAUAUGUGCUGGACUACCUACGGGACAAGCAAGUCGUCCUCCCGGACCACUUCCCCGAGAAAGGGAGGCUCCGGAAGGAGGCAGAGUACUUCCAGCUGCCCGACCUGGUGAAGCUUCUGACCCCGGAGGACAUCAAGCACAGCCCGGAUGACUUCUUCCACAGCGACCACGAAGACGGCUCCCAGGGCAGCGAUCACCGGCAGUGCCCGCCGCCCUCUCUGGUCCCCGCGGACAGGAAGAGCGGUUUCAUCACGGUCGGGUACCGAGGGUCGUGCACCAUGGGCCGAGAGAGCCAGAGCGACGCAAAGUUCCGGAGAGUCCCUCGGAUACUGAUCUGCGGCCGCGUGGCUCUGGCUAAAGAGGUGUUCGGGGAGACGCUGAACGAGAGCCGGGAUCCGGACAGGACCCCGGAGCGCUAUACGUCCCGGUUUUAUCUCAAGUUCAAACACCUGGAGAGAGCGUUUGACAUGCUGUCGGAGUGCGGCUUCCAGAUGGUGGCCUGCAACUCCUCGGUCACAGCCUCGUUUGUCAACCAGCACACCGAGGACAAGAUCUGGUCCAGCUACACCGAAUACGUCUUCUACCGUGGUCCAUCACGCUGGUCCUCUCCACCAUGUGACUGCUGUUGUAAGAACCACAAAGGUGACGGCGAAGGCGAGAGUGGCACUUCCUUCAACGAGCUUUCGACCUCCAGCUCUGAGAGCCAGUCAGAAGCCAGCUCUCCACAGGGGACAGUCAUCUGUGGCCCAGUCAGCCGUCAGUCUCACCCUCAUGCCAAGGUCCAGACCCUGGACAGGCCACCAAAGAAAGGCCCCGUUAGCAUGAUUCAGCAGUCUGACCAGCGGCGGAAGAGUGACUUACUGCGCACUCUCACGUCCAGCUCGCGAGACACCAGCGGCUGCAAGAAACGGCCGGCGAAAGAAAAGCUGACGGUUGAGGAGGAGCUGGAAAAGUGCAUUCAAGACUUCCGCAACAUCAAGAUACCGGAGAGGUUUCCCGAGAGGAAGUACAUGUGGCAGGCCGACCUGCUGAGAAAAUACCGCCUUUGAGCCUGAAUUUGGCAAGGAUGCAUGGAGGGACCAAACACAAGGCCAAGGAUCAGUUUACGUGAUUUUUUUCCCAUCAUUAAUCUUUUCAAACAAAAUCAAGUUUGCGGGGGAACUUUUCAUGCAAGAAUGUUAAAAGCCAGAAUCAAGAAAUAGUCAUCAAAAAAGGUGAAGGUGGCAAAGACUAAGGAACAUGUUGUAUGUACAGAACGUGUGUAUAUGUAGUUUAGACUAAGUAUUUACUGUCGGUAUGUGCAGUAACUUGCUGAAUGCAGCAGCAAUGGACCAAUACAAUGGAGCUAACUGAUGAAACAACUGAAAGGCUUUUACUGGCUGCACCUGGUGUUACAGAUGAUUAAUGGGGGAGCAAGGCUGUAAUCGGCCGUCAUUUUGAUGGGAAAAAAUUACAACAGCUACAUUUCUGAUCCAACAAAGACAAACACUGAUUUACUGCGUGAUCGUAUGAGUGUGUUGGGUUGUAUGUGUGUGUUUUUACCCAGGUGGCCUGGAGGUCAAAGAUAAAUCUGCAUGGGGACUCAUAAAUAAUUCAUGCAGUUCCAACAGAGCUCUCACCAUAAAUACUCCCUGAGAUCUCUGCUGCCACAGCGGCACAAACAGCUGGGCUGAUUACUUUACUUUUAGGUAACAUUUGGAGACUCUUAAGCCAGAAGGAGGACCGAUUUCAUCAGCAUAUAAAUUAAUUCCCAUUUUUAGAGGCUUGUUAGGUUGCAAAUGUGCCCCGAGAGCAGCAAACAGCAGCACACUGCUUGAAUUUUUACAAAGUUGCCUGGAUGUGGAUCGACAGCCAGUUGUGAAGGAUAAGUGAAUGAGAAGUCAAGCCAUGAAGGAAAGGUUUGAUCAUAUUAACACUCACAUCACAGUCAUCGCAUUAUGUUCACAUAAACAGAAAUCUCAUAAACAUUUGCUCCAACUUAGUCACACUGAACAAUAAAUCAUGUUAUAAUUAAGGCCUCACUUAGUAUGACAGCUACCAUGCAGGCAGAAUAAGGCAGGAUUGCUGUAUUUUCUAACUCUGCCAACACAGUUCGAGGCUUUCCACACUUACUGUUGACAAGUUAAUCAAUAGUUAUUGAUGAUCAGUCAGAUGAUAGAGCUGAUACAUAUAGUUCUUGUUUACAGUUACUAAUGAAGUCUUUAGCUCCUAACACAAAGGUGCCACUUGUGUAUUCAGUGAAGAUUAGCCAUCACUCAUGUAUUUAAGUUUGUAGUGGCAAGGGAAUGUAUUGUAAAGUAGCUACAGAACCUAGGAUGACAUGGAUCUUCAAUAGAACCAUAAUAUUGCAACUCUACUAGUUAAUUAAAAUUACUUCACUAUUUUUUAAUAAUUAUAAUUAAUAACACUGGAUUUAACCUAAUACAUGCUUAGGACAUUUUUUUGUUUUAAAAUCAAUGACAAUCAAUUGGUAAAAAUGUUGAGGAAAGUUAAUAUAUAAACUGAAUAAGAUUUUAAUGAAACUGAGAUUUGUGUUUUAAUCACCAUACAAGAAGAGACACAUCUGAACGAGAACAGGGCGACUGCUUUUUCUGAGAAUCUAAAGAACAACAUCAUUGUGCAAUUUAACUUUUUACUUACAUUUAUUAUAAGGGAGUGGUGGCCCAGUGAUUAGCACAGGGCCACAAGUUCCUGAGUUUGAAUCCUACAGACAGCCCUUCUUGGUCUCGGAACAAAUGCACAGUGGCAGCCAACAGCUCCCUAAAACGGAUGGGUUUAAUACAGAUAACAUAUUUCAUUGGAAUGUAGGUUGAAAAGACUAUUAAAUAGGAUUACAAUAAGCAGCAAUUCACAACAACUUACACCUAAAGUCUCUUUGCACAGGAAUAAAAUUAUUUCAUUUUACAAAAAAAGAUCAAAUUUGACAGGUUCUCUAAACGGGUUUCUUCUUUGUUGAAACGUUUUGUCUCUUCUCCAAGAGACCCUUUCAGUCUGAAGAAUUGCUGGUAAACUCAGCCUUAUAAACACUACCUUUGCAUAGUGUUUUUGCAAACACUAUGCAAGUGUGACAUUCAAAACUGGUUGUUCACAUGCAAAAGAGGACCAUCAGGCUACCAACUGAUGACUAAGGCUCUGAUGGCCGCUUAUUGUUCCCUGGGGGCUGAAUCAUGAUUGCAAUAACAGCAUUGUAAAGGGGGUGGGGGGACAAUUUGACCUGGGGGCCUCCACCCCUGUUUAAUGCUGAGUAGUUUCUCUUCUCAAAAAUGAUUUCCUUUACUUCUUUCCGGCUUGCAGACUAGUGUAAACCACAGAAUCUUGGCCUGAUGAUGUUACUCUUCUGUGCUGGGCAAUCAUUUUGGCCAGUGGCUGCUUUGUUUCCCCGAUGUAUAACAGGCCACAGUCCUCCUGGCACUUAACAGCAUACACACCAUCGCUCUGUUUUUGGCAGGGGAUCAAAUCUUUGGAGAGUCUUUGCCCUAAUGUAUUUUGGGGUUGAAAGCCAAUGGGACGUUAUGUUUAGAAAACAAACGUCUCAGUUUUUCUGAAACUCCCACACAUAAGGGAUUGCUACUGGUUUAGGUUUGGGGUCCACCUUUUCACCUCAUGGUUUGGGUUUCUUGUCUGCUUUGAGGAAAGCCCAGUAGGAUAACCACAUUGCUCUAGGGCCUGUGUUGUGUGUGAUUUCUCCUUCUCCUUGGCUCCUGAGUUUGUGGGGACAUGGUCUGCUCUGUGAUACAGAGUCCUGCUGACUCCUGACUUAUGCUUCAGGGGGUGAUGGGAGUCAAACCGCAAGUACUGGUCUGUGUGUGUGGGUUUGUGAUACAUCUCAGCUUUUAACUGCCCUCUAUCCAGGAUUGAAUGAGACCGGGGAAUGGUAGAUUAUUACAGGAACUUUUGCAAAAACUUUUCAACCAUGGUGAAACCUUUAACAGAUUUACACAGUCCAAAUGUUUUUUUUUGUCUGGACUGAAGAAUGUAAGGAUGCAUUUGAAAGUGUUAAAGCUCUCCUCUGCCAUGCACCCGUUCUGAUUGCUCAUGAUCUGACCCGACCAUUCAAGUUGGAGCGGUAUUUCUACUUCUCUCGCAAGGUUAACAAAUAUCAACUAAAUUAUUCCACCAUUGAAACGGAGACUCUGGCUUUGUUAGUGGCUCUCCAGCACUUUCACUAAAAGUAUUUGCUCAUCAGCGUUCACACAGAUGUGACCUUAAUUGACAUCCCAUUCUUAAGUCCAUGGCAUUAAUUUUCUUGUUGGGCAACCCUUUGCAGCUAUAACAUCUUCCACUCUUCUGAGAAAAGUUGAAGCUCUUGUACCUUGAAUUCUUCUGAGAGACUUGUCAUAAGUUUUAGUGUGUUAAUUAAUAUUUUCACAGAUGCCUAUUCUUGUGGUCAGUUGGACACUGAUGUUGAACGAGACUGCCUGGCUCACAAUUUUCACUGCAAAGUCUUGACUGAGUAUUUUGUUGGGCUGAAGCCAGAAUUCCCGAGUUGUUCCACAACAAACUGGCUGAUUUGUGUCUUUAUGGACCUUUCUGUUAUGCAUUGGAGCACGGUCAUAUUUGAGCUGGUAUUGCCCAUCCCAAAACCUGUCUCACACAUUGUUCAAAAUAUCUUGUUAUGCUGAAGCAUUAGAGUUCUUUUUUUCUGAAACCAAUGGGAAAGCCCUGCACCCAAAAAAAAAAAAAAAAAAAAAAAACAGCCCCACAUCUCAAUCCCUUCUGCAUCAAACUUUGCAGUUGACACAAUGCAGUCAGGUAAGUGUUGUUGUUCUGGCAACUGCCAAACAAUAGCAUCAACCAAUGGAUUUCCAGAAACAGAGGUAUGAUUCUUUACUCCAGAAAGGUGUCUCCACUACUCGUGUCCAGUAGCAUGGGACUUUGGAUCAUUGUAUCUGACACUUUGCAUUUCACUUGUUAAUGUAAGGCAUGAUAGCAGCUGCUCAACCAUGUAAACCCAUUCCUUGAUACUAUCUACAAACUUUUCUUGAGCUAAACAGAAAAGCUACAUAAAGUUUAGAGGUCUGCCAAUAUCCAUUCUGUUUUUUCCCCCCUCAAUCAUUUACACUUUGUUAUAAUACCACUAAGUUAAUGCUAAAAUAUGAAAUAGUAAAGUUUUUUUUUUCACUGUACUCUACUGGAAUUUAUUGAGCUCUGCAGAUUGACCCAUUCUUUAAAAAAAAUGUUUUAAGAUGCAGGUGCCCAGGGGUUGGAAUUUACACAUCUGCAGCCAUAUACAUGAUUUUAAUGGAAAUAUUUAACAAUUUGGAUAGGUAAGAGAAAGCUGUUAGCUGCCCUAAAACAUUGAGAUACAAUACAUCAACUUGUGUUGCUAACAUAUCUGCAGUUUGGAAUAAUUUAAAAGUAAAUAAAUAAAAUGUAAGCGUUGCAUGGGUAACUUGCUAACUUAUCAGUUUGGGUAUUGCUUGAGGCAGCAGUGAAAGGGCUACAUUGCUGAAUACAAGUUAAUAACGCUAACUGGUGGUGAGCAAUGAAAAACAACGCACUUUAGAGGAAAAUAAAGGGAGAAAUGUCUAAUGACAAGCAAUAAGGGAAAAAAAAGGAUUACAGAAACGCUGAAAGAUUUUAUCAUUGUGGAUAAUCAAUCCAUCGCUAUAGUGCAAAUUUGAGGUUUUUAAUCACCUUUUGCACCUGCUAGAUUUAUGGUACACUCUACCUUCUUAGCAUUACAAAAGCAACACACUGCUACAAAGCCUAGAUAAAAAGUUUGCAAUCAUCUUUAGGAUAUGUUAUCUGAUGUGAUUGUUGCUUGGCCCCAUGGCACAUUGGAUAGACUCCUGAUUGAUAAAACAUUUACUAUGCUUCAUGUCCAGCAGUCUUAGUUUUGUUUUGCAGAAUAUACAAGCAAGCAAUUGAGCAAAUACUAAACAGAUGCAAAAGCAACAAAAACUAUAUCCCUGUCAUUUGCAUGAUGUUAUGAGUAAUAUGCAAGUGAAGAAUGAUAUAGACCCACCUGUUGUCCAAGAUGGACAUCUUGCAAGGGAAAACAUAGCAACAGCAGCCACUGGGAGAAGCAUAGCUGGUUACAUCAAGGACUUCAGACAUGUGUAGGGCUCCUGAAGAGUGAAUCAAUUAAAUAACAGUGACAAAUUAGCAUUAUCAUGCUUAGGGUAAGGAGUGUGGAGGUUUGUGCUUUAAAGAAGCUGGAAUUUGAAAUUACUGUCAAAUGAAUAGGGCAAGCAUAUGUGAACAAAAACAGCUUGAUCGUAACAUUCUUAAAUGAAAGAACAAGACAAUGAAAACUGAAAUAAAGCAAAAUUAUAGUUUCUUGAGGCUGCAGCGAAACAACUUCUUUGCCAAAUACAAGUUCCCCCAUCUAACUUUGAAUGCAAGGUGAAGCUCCCAAGACACAGGCUCUUGUAAUGACAUGCAUUUAGAGCUAAUUUAGUUUAUUUUCGAGGAUACUUCAGGUAUCCAUAAAGUAUCUUUCUCAGCUUUUAUAAAUCUAUAAGUAGAACACUUUAAGUAGAAACAGCAAUAUAGUGGAAAAAAAGCUGAUAAAACUGUUAUACAUUUUUUUCUUCUGAUUUUAAAUUUUAAGAAUCUUAAAGUACAGAUUAAUUAAGUUUUUAAAUGAUUAACAAUUUUUCUGGUAAUCUUUUAUUUUAAAGCACACAUUAUAAAAUUAAUUAUGAAAUACUUAUUUAUAUAUAGGUUUAUAAAAAAAUCCCCCUGAAAUGCUUUAUUAUUAUAGUUAUUUUUAUACCCAAGGGACUAUUAUUUCAAUAAAACUAUUCACAUUUUCUUAUACUGGCCACACAAUGCAUUUCCGGUGAGAGUUUACAGAGAGCUAUAUUCACUGAUGCCCAUUUAUCAACUUAGGUUUUUCAUAGGGCUCAGGCAAUUGUUGCAAUAGGUUUUAGGUACAAAGCAACCACAUUCUCUACAUGUCAAGUGCGAGGUAAAAUAAUACUUAUUUUUCUAUGUUUCUAGAAUAUUUAAUUUUUUACUUUUAGGUGAUUUAUCAUUUUAGUUUAAAGACAAAAUCUUUUCAUCUGAGUUACAUAUCACAUGUAAAUAAACAUUAACUCAUAUCCAAGUAAAACAAUGUAUUAUACUGUGUAUAUAGAACAUCCAGAUCCAUGAGGCGCCGCUGCUACUCUGCUCUCAGUGAUCCAGUAGUCCACUAAUAAUAUAAAACACUCUUUGUUUUAAUGCUUAGUGCUUGGCCAUCACAGUUGAAAGAAAAAUACAUUACACAUCUGUAAAAUAUAUCAUACGUUCUGUAAUAUUUUAAGGACAACAGUAUUAAAAAAGACAGUCAACACAUUUGUAUCCAAAUUAUGCAGAAACAGUCAAAUGUGACUAAGAUAGUUCAACAAGCAUACUCUCCGUUAGGAGAGUGGAGGAUAAUUGGCAAAAAGCUCAACUUUAAAGCUGUUAAAUAAAAAAACACUUCAUUUGAAAGUGAAUUCAAGUAAUGGAUUAAGAAAACUUGAUCCAAAAAAAUCAUUAACUGUUUUUCUUUUUACAACAAUCCAACAGCAAUUGUUUUGGAGUUUCAGUAGUCCAAAGCACCAUUUGUGCAUAAUGAAGCAUAGUCUAAAAUGGGUAUGCAAUAUAAAUUGUCUAUUUUUUUGGGGAAAAGUAAUAGAAGUUGUCAGAUAAAAAGGAUUAAUCUUGAUGACAGAAAACAAGCCAACUCAAAACCCCCAAAAAAUUAGGUUUUUUUACUGUAACGUUUUAGUUUAUUUUUGUGACUACUCAACACACUGAAUGGUCAUGUUUGCCAGACUAGUUUCUGCCUAACCCUAACCCUAACAAAACAUAAAUUCAUGUCCACAUGUUUGAUUGUUUUUUCACAACAGAACAGGUGUAUAUAAAAAAAAAUGAAGUUACAAAAGAAGACUUUGUGAACAAACACCUUAAUUUGUUGAUCAGUCUAUCUGCACUCUACCUUCCCAACACUGUCAGCAAUAUUGAACACUGACGGUGUCCCUCUCAAUACUAUUAAUACCCUUUUAAAGCUCAGAACUUUAAAAUCAAAGACAUCAUCAGUCUGCCUCAUAUUAUGGAAGAAUGUCAGCUGAUAAAUAAAUGGUUUCAAUAAUUUAAAGGGUGGAGAUUCAUUUUAUUCGGCUUCUUCUGAAGCUUAACUCAAAAAAAUAUUCAUACAGGAUCAACAACAGCUUACGUUUAGUCAAACCAUCUGUUACGUGAACCUCAAUCAAAAUAGUUUCAUGCCCAUGUAUCUGAUGAGCACAAUGGUCCAAACAGACUUUAUAUUACAGGAAAAGUUUUCUGGUUGUUUAGUGGGAAAUGGUUGCAUAGCUUUUAACUUAGACAGUGUUUUGAAAAAUAUGAAUACCCCUUACACUUUUUUUCAGAUUUUGUCACAUAACAAUCACAAAAUUCAGUGUAUUAGAAAAAAAUGCUAGAACAACACAAACUAGUGUAUCAUUGUGAAAUGAAAGAAAAAUAAGACAUACUAAUUAGAAAAGUGCUAUGUGCAUCUAAUCUUUACUCCCUAAAUAAAACCCAGUUAAAUUGCCUUCAAAAGUAAUCUAACUAGUGUGUAACUUUGGCUCAGUAUAAAUAUAGACGUUAUUUGGAGGCUUCACAGGUUUUCUGGAAAACAUUAAUGCACAGACAGCAUUGUGAUGACCCAGUUCAGGUUUGGCAUAAAGCUAUUUUGGGAUAAAGCUUUUUUGUUAAGAAAAAUGACAACAAUCUAAAAAAUAUAAUUCUAUUCCAAAUUCCAUUUUUUAAAGGUUUUACAAACCUUUAAUUUUUUAGACCUGUAUCAUUUUCAUUCCUAUUCAAUGUGAAGCAUUAUUGAUUUAUUUUUAACAAAAAAAAAACAUUUACAAGAAAUCACUGUUUGUGGUGAUAACCUUAACAAGAGUUGAAAAAUGUCAAGGGGUUUUAAUAGUUUUGCAAGACACUGCUACUGUAAAGUUUCUUGUGCAGUCCUUUUUCAGCCAAUGUUUAACAAACGGCUUAAGCUGCUACCAGUAUCUGUGUUUGCUUGACUCUGUCUGCUGCCUGAAGCAUCUGUUAGGCUUUUUUUUUUUGUUGUUGCUGUUGCUUUGAUAGAUUCUAGAAACAAGGUCAUCCAUGCAGAUGCAAUUUAAAGUCAUUUUCAAACAUGAUUGGAAAUGAAAGCAUAAAACAUUUGACACCUGGUGGCCUUCUAGAGUUGUCUAUAGCUGUUUUUGCACAAUGUAUAGAGGACUCUAUAAUACACAGAGAAGUAUUUGAAAGAGAAGAGUUACAUAUAUCAAUCACCUUCCAUGUCCAGUACAACCCCAAGCCAUGUCUGUCUUCAAACAUUUUGAGAGCAUGAGAUGAUGUGUGUGAUUUUUUUUUUUUUUGCCUGAAGUAAUACUGAUUAAUGUAAAUUAGAAAAUGAUGUGUGCAAUUUAUGUCUUAGGACAAAUGUGAUGUAUGAAAACGGAGAGAGCCUAAACCAAUGUAAAGUUUGUCCAUUUGUGUUAUUUUGCGGUACUCCUUUUUAUGUCUCGAACUGAUUUCCUCCCCUAAAGUUAUGGUAAGGCCUUUAAAUGAAACCUGGGCACAUGACUGACACCCUUGUUAUUUUUCUGCUGCUUUUGACGAGCCUGCCAGCUACAAAAGAAAGUCAUAAUAUUCUGACACUCCCAUGGCAGACCUGGAGUCAAGUGUUGGAAGCAAAAGGGUGUGUUUUGAUGUAGGUUGAUGUGACACACAUGUACAAAAAAGGGGGGGAAAAAGCAACAAAACAUUGUGAGCAUGUGUUAUAAACUUAUGACAGAUUUAAAUUAGUCUGUUCUUGUGAAAAUAGUAUGUGACAAACGAAUAUUUGACAGAAAAGAGAAAAUGAAAAAAAAAAAGAUAAGCACAAAUGUGUUGAUUGUUGCUGUUCCUCGACUGGUGUAUGAAGUUCUUAAUUAAUAAAACAACUCUGCAAUGUAACUAAACUCCUGCAAAACAAAGCAACUCUCAUGGCAAGCUUGAUGUUAAUAGAGAACUUGUUACACCGUAAAUCAUCACGACACUGGUAAAUAUUAUUUGCUAACUGUAGCAUCACAAAUCUCUGUCUCUUUUUGUUUCUUCCUUAGAAUUCUGCGGGUGAAAAUAAAAACUGAACUUCAAGCAGUGUGACAUCCGUGAUGAGAGUUGCUCUGUAUUCUAGGUGUGACGUUCUGUUUCUAUGUCUGCCUUUAGAGACAGUACUAUUCAUUUGAAAGUCUUUAGAUAAAAAGCUGUCAUUUUGAAAAUGUAUGAGUACAACCAAUAAACAAGACAAAGUCUACAGCAA